CUCAGUGCAGCUUCAUAUACUGACCCUAUACACCAGCCAUAAUGUUCGUCCCGAUAGUUAUGUGGGGGAUCUUUGCUCUAACCCUCUCACAGGAGCUUACAGAAGCAGGUUUGGCAACGAAUCCAGGAGAGUGCCCAGAGGAAAUCCUACAACAUACCAGCGAACAUACUGACCCUCUGUCCGCAGCCCUGUGUGACAACAAGGAUAACUGCACUCAUGACAGUGAUUGCCUUGGGAGCUUUAAGUGUUGUAAGACCACAUGUGGGAUGGAAUGUGUUCCCCCAAAAUUUAUAAGCCCCUGUAGAAGAGAUUUUGACUGUCCACUCUCCUUGAAAUGCUGCAAAGGUGUUUGUGACAGUGAAUGUGUGUAUGAGACUAACGUCCAGAACUUAAAUCCAACGCCUGCACCUCUCACUAAAGAGAAAACUAAAUUGAAUCCGAAAAACCCACCUAAACAUAAAUGAAGAACUGACCCUCUCCGAAUUACAGAAAAUAAUGUAGUUGAGAUUUAAGUAAUAAAAUGCAAUAAUUUCAAUACAUUUGUGUUUAUUAUUCUAGCAAAUAAAGGAACAUGGGUAAAACAGUA